CCUAAAUUUAUAGCUCCUCAAUACUUGUCCAUUGUUUCUUCUCCUUAUUCUGUCCAGCGGCGCGUUUGAUCGAUUGUUGUCAGAUUGGUGACCCCUGGGCAGGAUCAGGAUGUCUGCCUCUCCAGAGAUGACCAGUAGCCUGUUCUACAUCACCCUGGCCCCCCUGCGGUCGGCAGUCCCUGGGUCUGUACCCGAGGCUGGAGGUGGAGGUCUGGUGAUGACCACCAUGGAGCCCAACGUGACCUCCUGUGAGGAGUGGGAGGAGGCCCACCACCUGCUCUUCCACCUGGGGAACCUGUCUCUCCUCCUGGGCCUGGUCAUCCCCACCACCCUGACCCUGCACAUGAUCCUGCUGCGCCUCAUGCUGAUGACAGGAAGCUGUCUGUUCAUCACCUGGGCUACGCUGUACCGGUGUAACCUGGAUGUCAUGGUGUGGAACGUGGUCUUCCUGCUGGUGAACUUCAUGCACUUCUUCUACCUGGUUUACAAAUGCAGACCUAUUAAGAUUGACAGGGAGCUGAAGUCAGUGUACAAGCGGAUGUUUGAACCCCUCCACGUGCGCGAGGCCCUGUUCCAGAGACUGACGGGUCAAUUCUGCACCAUCCAGAGCCUGAAGAAGGGACAGGUGUACGCAGCCGAGGACAAGACCUCCGUGGAUGAGCGCCUCAGUAUCCUCCUUAAAGGAAAAAUGAAGGUGUCAUAUCGAGGUCAUUUCCUCCAUAACAUCUACACGAACGCCUUCAUCGACUCCCCUGAGUUCAGAUCAACCCAGAUGAACAGAGGAGAAAAAUUCCAGGUGACCAUCAUGGCGGAGGAGAACUGUAAAUUCCUGUGUUGGUCCAGAGAGAGACUCACCUACUUCCUGGAGUCUGACUCCUUCCUUAACGAGGUGUUCAGGUACCUCAUUGGCAAAGACAUCACCAACAAGCUGUACUCGCUCAAUGACCCCACUCUCAGUGACAAGGCAGCAAAGAAGAUGGAGCGUCAGCCCAGCCUCUGCUCCCAGCUCUCUAUGAUGCAGAUGAGGAACAGCAUGGGCAGCACCAGUGACACCGACGACAUCCUGAACCAGAUCCACCGUGGAGGCUCCAGUGGCUCCUCACAUCAAAAAUAUCCUGCCUCCAAGACAUCCAAAACGAUGAAGCCCAUUGAAGAAACGAUGGAAGACGACGUCUUUAUAGAGUCUGAGCCAGACUCUCCUGUUAAGAAACGCCACACCCACUCAACAGCCAUAGAGGAGGUGUAACGAGAUGUGACAUUAACCUACAACAACAGUGCUGACCACCCACCUAUCUGUAACCUGAU